AUGGCGGAAGAGGGUUUCCAGCUCAGAACUCUAAACAGCGCAGAGGACACUGAGCUCCAGCCAGCUGACUUCACAACGUUAUCACUAGCAUCCCUCCAUCUCAGGGACGAGGCUGUGGUCAUCAACCAUAUGGGGGAUAAUCCUGAGCCUCAUUCUGCACUUUCUGUGAUGAUGUCAUCAACGCUUAACCAAUCACAACAGCAGACAGACAUAUCCAUGGCUACCGGGCCUGAGCCUUCACCAGCAGUUCAAGAGUUCUUGGAGCCUGAGAUGGGCCAAAAUGACAGCGAGCCUCAGUCUCGCACCCUGACAGCGUUCCUGCAGGACCUUUCCUCCCCUGAUCAGGAUGGUGUGUUGACUGACUGGAAAACCAACGCUGUAAAGGAAGGAGAACCUCAACCCAAGAACAACAUAACCAAAGCGAUGGCCGCAUGUGACUGCUGCUCUGAUAACAGCCAUCUGUCCGAGGCAGAGUGGUACUGGGGAAAUACCUCAAGAGAGGAAGUAAAUGAGAUGAUGAGAAACACUCCUGACGGCACGUUCCUGGUCCGAGACGCUUCUAGUAAGGUUGAGGGGGAAUACACUCUCACAUUAAGGAAAGGUGGCACCAACAGACUGAUAAAGAUCUACCAUCAUGGGGGGAAGUACGGCUUUUCUGAGCCACUGUCCUUUCACUCGGUGGUGGACCUGGUCCAGUAUUACCAGAACAAGUCGCUGGCCCAGCACAACUCUAAACUAGACACACGGCUCCUCUAUCCCAUAACAAGAUAUCAGCAGCAGCAGGUUGUGAUGGAGGUUGACAUUGAUGCAGUUGGAGAACAGCUGAGGAUAUUUCAGGGUCAAUACAAAGAGAAGAGCAAAGAGUAUGACUGUCUGUUUGAGACGUUUAACCAAACCUCACAGGAGCUGCAGAGCAAGCAGACAGCCAUAGAGGCUUUCAAUGAAAUCAUACGGAUCUUUGAAGAGGAGUGUGAAACGCAAGAACGCUACAGCAAAGAAUACAUCGACAUGUUCCUCUCAGUAGACAGCAGGACAGAGUCAGACAAAAUUCAAAGCAAUUCAGAUGAGCUACAGUCAAGGGUGGAGGAGAUCCACAACAGCAAGAAGAAGUUGGAGGAGGAGCUGAGGAAUAAAGCGCUGGCUCACAUGGAGGUUGAUAAGAAAAUGAACUGUCUGAAGCCUGACCUCGUGCAGCUCAGGAAGAUCAGAGAUCAAUACCUGCUCUGGCUUACCCAACAAGGCACAAGACAAAGCCAGAUAGAUGAUUGGCUCGGUAUCAGGAAUGAAGAAGACCCAUACACUCUGGCAGAUGAUAGCGACCAGGACGAGAGGAGCUGGUACGUUGGCGGUAUGAAACGUAAGGAGGCAGAGGAGCUGCUGAGGGGCAGGAGAGACGGGACCUUCCUCAUCAGAGACAGCCAGACUCAAAAAGGGUCAUUUGCCUGCUCUGUUGUUUUGGAUGGGGAUGUGAAGCACUGUGUGAUCUACAGGACAUCCACUGGGUAUGGCUUCGCUGAGCCCUACAACCUGUACCCAUCCCUGAGAGAGUUGGUCCUCCACUAUCGACACACAUCGCUGAUCCAACACAACCAGCAGCUGAAUGUAACCCUGGCCUGGCCCGCUCUCAGCCAGCAGCCCAGCUGAGACACACCAGCAUGCCACCCUGAUGGCACUUUCCCAAAGCUUCACUGUAUUUGCACAACAAACGCACCACCAUGGACAAUGUUACAAGGCUCUCACGGAGUACCGGUUAGUGACGUCACCAUACAAGAAUUUUCAGAACUAUUUCAUGCUCACAACUGAAAAUCCUACACUGUUAAGAUGUCACAGCAAAGAAAAAAGAUUUUUGAACAUCUUUUCCGUUAUUUUGAUGUUACUUGUUUAUUUAUUGUCAGCUUUGUUAAAUACAAUGGUUGCAUAUUGACAGCAGCUCGGUGUAAUCCUAUUUAUUUUUUGAAAGCUGUUAUUCCUAAUGUAAAAAAUCCCGUUUACUUACCAUCUCGGGGAAAAAAACACAAUUGGGAUUAAGUUCUUAGCUGAAUUCAACUAUAAAUGUAAUCCUUUGAAGCAGUACUGAAAUAUUGCAUCGUCAUGAAAACACUAGAAUUGGGGAAAGCGAGUUCCCAAACUGCUGGUAUUAAUCUUAACAGUGUAGAGGUUCAUAUAACUGUAAUAUCAGGGUCACACGAUACUACAGUACAACUAGCUUUCAGAAUACUGAACUGCUUCUUAGAAGUAGAACAAACACAACAGAAAGUCACAAUGUGGCUUUCUGUCCUCCACAGUGCUCAUCUUCAAUCCAUAUUAAUUAGUGCAGUUGCAGUGUUAAGGUCCUUCUGGGAAACUGAGAUCAGGAUGGGACUCUGCACUACUAAGCACAUGAGCAUUAUGGGUAGUGUAGUGUAGAAACUGAGGAGACACACUUGCACUUUAUCCUCAAGAAAACAACCUGAAUACACAUAAGCACACAGAUGAGAGCUGUACAUUUGUGAGACACUGUGUUCACAUAUUGAAGUUGCUGGUUGGGAAGUUUUUAUUUCAGAGAAUAUACAGUACAUUUUAUUUUCUUACUGUCAUCUUAAUUCUGCACAUUUCCACAAUGUCUUCAUUACAAGUGAGACAAAAUAGGAAUUCAUAAAUUCUACCUCUGGGGUUUAUUCAUGGUUUAUUCGCCAUAAACAAUAUUCCCUAUGUGUGGAAUAUUGUUGUCAUUAUAGCAAUCAAAUUAUUGGCAGAUUUUAUAGAAAAAUGGGACAAUCACGCAAAACGUUUGCAUAAUUUGUGUUGCUUUAAGAUCUUUAUCACGUUAAAGUGUUAAUAAUAUAUGAGCGGGUAAUAACUGUGAAGGGGCAGGCAUGAGGCCCAGGCAAAUACUAAAAGCAUUUCUGUGUGGUGUGUACAUGUACAUUUUUGAAAAUCCUCCCAAUAUAACCAGAGUUACUUAGGUAUAUGGGAGAUAUGAGUCUUUAUUUUCCAGGAGCAUUGAUAAGUCUCUGGGGUCUGAUGUUGAUUGCUUAUAUAUUUUAGACUUGGGUUCUGGUUAAAAAGUGCCCUUAAGUGUUCCGGUUCCAGCCAUCAUCAUUUCCUUUGUGUUAGUCUCAGGAGAGAUGUCUUGUUAAUCAGAACACUGUUCUGAUUAACUCGACACUGAGGUUGUUGUAGCUGGAUAAAAGGCUACAAUAGCACAAAUACCCUGAAGUGUCCUAAAGGAGAUUAUUAUUACUAUUGCAGUUUAAUUUCUUUAACAGGAUCAUAAUUAAAUCAUUAUAUUUAACAAUUUGUUAUGUUAGAGUCACACUUUGUAUGUCCUGUAUAGUACAUUGUUUUACCAAGGUACUAUACAGUAUGCAUUACUAAUUAUAUUAUGGACAUUACGGCUGGGUACUGUUUUGAUACCAAUUGUGGUACCACCAGCUAUGAAACAUGUUUUGUUACCUUUAUUUGAUUGGUUAGCCACAUUCUAUGUUGCUUUGUCUCCAUCUUUGGUGCUAAGCAAUCAUUUCUCUUGUUUUUCGUUAAAUGCACCUCCACAAUAUCACCUGUCAGUCAUACACUAUUGGUAAAACUGUGAGGCUUUGGAAUGGAAAAGCUUCCAUGUUAGUCGUUGUGGUCCGUUGCGUUGGUGACCUAAUGAAUCUGCGUUAUAUUGUUGCACAUAAGUGAAAUGUCAUUGCACAGAUUGUGGACAGAGCGGGCCACAACCACUAGAUGGUGGUACAGGCAGGACAUUAAACCUGUGUGUAGCUACUUUAAAACAAAGAAGCACAAUUUAAAAUGUGGUCUGCUGUUUAUGCUGUUUUGUAAUACUUAGUGCUUAUGAACAAAAGUACUACAUUCUUGUGUAGAAAUUAAGACUAUGUAACAGUGGUGUAGUCUAAAAGAAAAUACUAUGACGUUAAUGGGUAUAUGACUUGUAUUACAGUAAACAUGGAGAAAUGCACCUAGAUGACUAUUAUUAGGAAAGGCAUGUAGGUUGCACGUCUGGCAUGUGAAACCUAAAUGUAAUAAUCUGUCACUUUCCAUUUGUGAUAUCUGUUUUUAUUUGUUUUCUUUUUGCACACUGAAUAGAUCAAUUGUCAAAUUAAGUCCAUACCUUGAAAUAUGUACUUGUUUUAUGACUGUGAAUUCUAAGAAAAAAAACUAUAGCUAUCCUGGGAAAAUUGUGUAGCAGGAAUACAGACAAAAGGUACACAUCAAAGACUACACCACUGCUCUGCGUGGUUUAUUUUUAAAGCAUAGUUUUUGCACACAAGUAUCUCAUGUGAGGUAGAGAUACUAUGACCUGUCUUUAUGUACACCCACCCUGUUACAGAAGCAGGUGGUGGUGCUAAAUAUGGACACGUUGCUGUUGAGAUUGAUAUGUCGUGGCACUGAUAAAAGCACUAAUACGAGUUAUCAAAAGAGGUUAUUUUUAAUGAGGCGAUACUAAAGCAGUAUUUAGUUCUGUAAAAUCAUAAUUGUAUGUGCACAAUAUGGACUUUUUCUGUUGUCACUCGCUGUUUCUUUUUGUGACUUAACUGUUUUAUCAUUGUGCAAACAAAAAAAAAGAAAUAGAGGGAUAACUAAAAAACAUUUCAAAAUGAUUAAUGUUUCGUAGAAGAAUUUGCCUUUGUGUUUGUGAUUAUGUUCAGCUGCAAUCACGUUAGGUAGUGCUGUCCAAAAUGUUCAUAACCCACUAUUACCUAAUGCUUUAACAACCAUUUCCAUUAUACCGUUGCUUUUGUAUAUUGAUAGAAUUAUAUACAGCAUGAAAACAAUUAUGUUGUGCUGAAAGAAAAAAAAAAAACCUUAAAGGCAGAUUCAAGUUUUACUUUUAAAGAUAAUUAUCUUAAUAGGUACCAAGGGACUAGCUAUCUUGGUAAGCUAUUAAGAUAGCCUGCUGACCUUUCAACGAUGCAAAUGUUCAUGAAUAAAUGAAAAGAAAGAAAAAAGUGAUUGCCAUUUAGGUUUAGACUAAUGUCUUCUUUGUUUUACCGUUAACUGGCACAUGCUGCAUAAACAACCACUCAGUAGGGGGGUUUCAAAUCAAUGAGAUAUAUUUUUCCUUAGCAAAUGUUGCGCUAGUUACAACGGAUUUGUGGCAUGGAAGACUAAAAGAGCCUUACUGAUGUAGUUCAAACAAGGCAGCCUUAGGGUUAUGUAAAGUGUUGUGGUGUAAUGAAAUGGUGAUUGUUUAAGUGGUAAUAAUGCUAGGUGGACUUAAUUCCUAGAAGAGGAAUGUAUUUAGCACACAGUUCCUCUUCCCAAGGAAUAGAGUUGAUAUAAGUCACGUUCCACAGUACGCCUACAUAAGCCAAUGAUCAGCAACAAAGCAGGAAGCAGUUACCACUUAGAUGGGGAAGGCAAGGGUGUAGGUACAGUAUAAGAGACAUUGUGGAUUUGGUAAGUGUUUUAGUAUUACAUUGGAGACGGAUUAAGUUUAGUAAGGAUAGAAGUGGUAUGUUAAUUCAGGGUUUGGUGAGGUUAAGGGUUUGGUUAAGAGGAGGGAUGUUAUUACUGGUAUUUGCAUACAAACUGCUCAGCUUCAUCAACUCUCUUCCAUGCCAUAAAGAUAACGGAAUCUAGCGGUAACAUUUUUCAAAAAUAAACCCUGUCAUUGUCGGAGAAAGGCUUGUUUUCCAUCUGACCCUGAGUUACAGUUUUUUGUUAAAUGUUUAAGAUUCAGGGGACUUGAUGUAUUUAAACAGGUUUGUGAUUAUGUUAUUAUUAUGAUCAUAUACCUCUACUUGUCUCUGCAUCACAAUCAACAUAGUACUUGAUGUUUCUUUAACGCAGACUUUAAUUUUCCAUUGUGGCCGUACAGUAUGGACUUGUCUUUCUGCUUUAAUCUUAAGCACUUAGUUGCCCUCUGUUGAUAUUGAUGUGUGGAAAUACUGCUAUUGUAAAUGUGUAUUUACUGUUCUGAAUAUGCAAUAACAUUUAGCUUCUUUGAAAUAGCUUGUGUUUCAUUUAGGAGUCAUAUCUGAGGAUAAUUGAUGGUUUCAAUUCAAAUAUUUUUUGUUGGUUUAAAACCAUAACUUUACCCAAUUCAGAACAUCAUGUUAAUGUAUGCACCUUCAGAUUCCCAAAUAAAUAUGAGAUGAUGAUUU